AUGGACAACUUCGGGUACAGCAAGUGGGGCAACGGGGCCAAAGAGGCCUCCAGAGGACACUGGGGACUCUGGGGGCGGAAGUCCCUCUUGGUGGCCCUGGCACUAUUUGUCGUGGUAGUCCUGUGGGCCCUUGUUCUGAGCAUCUUAUUUUCCAAAGCCUCCACGGAGCGCGGAGCGCUACUCGGCAGCCAGGACCAGUUGUGGACAAAUGCCUCGAAGCAGAAGGCAGCCCUGGGCGUCCUGGAGGCGGAGGCCGCAGUCUGCAGGACCUGUUGCUCCAACACGCAGGCCCAGCUGCAGACCACGCGGGGCGAACUUGGGGAGGCGCAGAAGAAGCUGAUGGAGCAGGGGAGCGCCUUGAAAGAGCUGCGCGAGCGCGUGACCAAGGACUUGGCACAGGCGGGCAGGGACCGUGAGGACAUCCGCAGUGAGCUGCUCCGAGCACUGGAGGCCGCCAAGCUCGGGAACAACUCCUGCGAGCCGUGCCCCACGUCGUGGAUGCCCUUCGAGGGCUCCUGCUACUUUUUCUCGUCUCAGCGAGACACGUGGCAAGAGGCGCAGAAGAGCUGCGCAGACCGCGGCGCGCACCUGGUGAUCGUGGGCGGCCUAGAGGAGCAGACCUUCCUGAGUCGGAACACGCGUGGGCUAGGCUACUGGCUGGGCCUGAGGGCCGUGCGAGUCGAGGGCAAGAUCAAGGGCUACCAGUGGGUGGACGGCGUCCAGAUCACCUUCAGCCACUGGAACGAGGGGGAGCCUAAUGAUUCGCGGGGGAAAGAAGACUGCGUCAUGAUGCUGCACACGGGGCUGUGGAACGAUGCACCAUGUGACGAGGUGAAGGACAACUGGAUCUGUGAGAAAAGGCACAGCUGCUGACUCCGCCCUGUGCCCUGGAGCCACGCCCACCGCCAUCAAUUUCACCACCCACCCACCACUGCUCAGACUUGCUCCCCCACCCCAACCCAGCCUGGUCCUCUACCUGCGCUCUGGGUCCUCGAUCCAACCUCACUGCACCACUUCACAGGCGGAUCUGACUGUGUUUCCACUGGCUCCCAAAUCCCAUCCUCCGCCCCCCGUUCAGGACCUGGGUGAUCUGACCACACCUCCCUCCCUAGCCAGGUUCAGGAGACUCAAGGAUGGAGCUGUUUGUUUUCCCUGCAUCUUCCCCUGACUGGGUGGCCUCAGUGACAAGAGUCUUGUGAGCUGUCUUGGAAGCCUGAGGAAGCAUCAAUAAAUGUUUGAGAAAUGCAUCUUGGCUUUUAGCUUGGGAGAGCUCUUCUAAGCUUUACAUCCCAGCGACCCUGUUAAAAUUCCUGUGAAUGAUCCCCGCCUCUCUAAGUGACCUCAUGUCCCUAUGAUGCCCCAAAACCCAGUGGAGUCCCUGGAUGAUGCAAAUGGUAAAUAUGCUUGUCUGCUAACUGAAAGUUUGGCAAUCAAGCCCACUGAGUGGUGCCAGGAAAGAAAAGCCUGUUGAUCUAGUCCCAUAAAGAUUGCAUAAAUAAAGAUUGCAGUCAAGAAAAUCCAGUGGAGCAGUUCUACUCUGAGACACAUGGGGUCACCAUGAGUCUAAAACAGACCAGAGGUCAAAAGGUUUGGGUUAUUUUUGGUCUUCCCUUUUAUAAGACACCAUUCAGAAGGGUUUAGGAUUAGGACUCAUCCUAAUGACUUCAUCUAAUUUAACUGCUCACAAAAGAAAAGCCUUAUUUUCAAAUAAGGUCACAUUAAUAGGGAUGGGGUUAGGAUGGCAACAUGUUUUUGUGAGACCCAAUUUAAUCUAUAACAUUUGGUGUUUAUCAUAUUAAAAAAAAUACUUUGACUUACUAUAUAUAUAUCCCUAAAUGAUAUAUGAGUUGGAAUUGACUCGAUGGCAAUGGGUUUGAUUUUUUUUUAAAACUAUAUAUUAGGUUGUGUUGCACAUCUGGAAGGUCUAUAGACAUAGUAUCGUGUAGUUCAUAUCCUGACACUUGCUUUUGUCCUUUGCACAUUAAGGUUAUGAGAUUAAUCCAUUUAACACUCACUCUUUAUUUAACAGCAACAACAAAAAAAAGAUAAUUACAAGAAAAUAAAUGCUUAGUAAACAAAGAACAAGAAAGAACUUCCUUAAUUUGAUUAGGGGCAAUAUCCAGCAACCUUGAGUCAAUUCUGACUCAUAGUAACCCCAUGUAUUACAGAGUAGAACGUCUCCAUGGAGUUUUCUUGGCUGUGAUUUUUACAAAAGCAGAUCUUCCUUGGCUCUGCUAUGUGGGUUCAAACCUCCAACCUUUCAGUUAGUAGUCCAGUGCAAACCAUUUGCGCUACCCAGGAACCUAGAGUUAGUUAAAUAUGAGAACCAUUUUUACUAAAAUCAAGAACAAAAUAAAGAUGCCCACCCUUCUGUUUUGCCAAUGAGAUGAGAAAAUAAAAAAAGAAAUAAGACCUAUAGAUAUUUGAAAGGAAAAGUCAAGGUUGACAGUAGUUUGAAGCCAUGAUCAUCUACCUGGCAAGUCCCAGACAGGACUAGUAGAGCUAAAGAAAGAAUGUAGCAAGAUUAAUCUAGAAAAGGACCAACUUUCAUAUGUUCUAGCAGUAAGCAAUUUGAAAAUGGAGAAAACAAAUCAUCUCUACAGUGAAAUAUUUUGAAUAUUACAGAAUAAUCUUAACAUGAAUAUGGAUAAAACUAUUAAACUUGUCUAAGAUCUGAAUAAAUAAAGACACAGCAAGAUUUUUUAACUAGAAAAGAGCACUUACUAUUUGAAAUUGUUGUUAGCUAUUGUCUGAUCAGCCGCCGACUCUUGGUGACCCCAUGCACAACAGAACAAAUA